GAAGCAGGCAGGAGGCGAGGCAUAGGUGAAGCAAAUCGUAGACCUCGUCGACGGCUUCGUUCACUCUUAUAAUAAUCUCUCCCUAGGUCACUCUCGGAUGUUAAGGGGACGGGUGGAAGGAGUACCUGGAGGAACCGAGAUGCAAGAUCGCAGAUCGUGCCAAGACCACUACUGCCGCCCGCUCUCCGAGAAGUGGUCUCACGAUUGAGGGUGCCGGGCGUGCGCCAUUCCACCGACACAGGUCGCAAAGCCUGGGAAAGAAGAUAUACCCCUCCUCGACCUCAGAAACCCUUCAGCAUUCCCCCUGCCCUUCGUAAUCCUUCGUCUGAUCGGAGUGAAUUGCGCUACGCUGAAUCGUUCAUGCGCGCGAUGAUCUUACGAAUAAGCGCGCGUGCCCCCGGAUUUUUUUGUUGUGUGUUGUAGCUUUGCUUGCCGGCAUGGGACGUACAUGGGGGUCGUACAUGCACACGAACAUAUGCGGGCUCUCGAUGCUAGAUUAUAGUUGAAUGGGGUGGGGAAGGGUUUGAUGGCGAAGUGGUGGUCACAGAUGAAGCAGGAGGGGUAAUUUGAACUUGCUGCCGUAAGUGGCUGGCGGACAUGCCAGUUCUCUGACCUGCAUACACACACACACGUUGGCACCGGUACCAAUCACUUCAUCCGCGUGGUAUGCUGUUUGCUAUGACAUUGGUAUCUUAGUUUUGGCAUGUACUCGUGAAACGUACCGGAGAUGGAGUGAGUACAGUAGUGUUGGGAAUGUGAGCAAGUAAAUAACAAGAUGAAGUAGUUUUCAAAACUUAACUGAAAAAUCCUAUUAAACUGUCUGUAUUUUGAUUGAGUAAUGAUAGAAAUCCAUAUCGUAAUUGAUCGUGAAGUGUCGUUUGCUUGAUAAACAUACACAAAAUGAAGCACUAUUCUAGAUUAUCUUUCUGGAAUUUGGCAGUUUAAUCAGAUAUAACGUUGAAAUGCUGGAUUUUGUAGUUUGGCUGAUUAAAUUAGCCUAUUAAAAAUAUUAUAAUUAUUCAAACUUAAUUGACAAUACAUCAAGUGAAAUAAAAUUGAAUAAAAAUAAUUUUCAUCCAAGAACAGAAUGCAAAAACAGCAAAAAAGAUUUAUUAUUAAAGGUUCAAAUGAUUUUCUAGGCUUUUUUAAAUUAAAAAAAUAACAUCAAACACUGUACUUCUUUCAUUUACUUAACUUCAACACUCCUAUUCCGUGGUCCUUACAACUCCCUCUUGCUGGCACCGGCGAUCAGGUAGUCCCGAACGUGAGUGAUUCAUUUCCCACCGGUCCGACCAAAUCCCACGUCCGCCACGUAGAGCUUCCUGCGCGAUAUGGCUUGCGCCCGGAUCGUGCCAGAGUGGCGCAACACAUCGCAACACAAGCGGGAGGCUGCCGCGGUGUGGCGCAUUCGAAAUUGGAAGCGUGCGCACACGCGUUCGUGUACUGGAAGCGACAAGCGGCACCGGGCUGAAUCCUUUCCCAUUCAAUUUCGAACCAUUCGAUUGGUGUGUGUGUGUGUGUGUGUGCUGGCGCGAUCGUGUGCAAAGGAGAAGGAGAAGAAAUGGUAGAUGACGGUCAGCGACACAUCCCAAGCAGCAUAAGGCGCAUGGGGCGGCAAAGUUCUCCCCGUUUUCUCUUCGCUCCAUUCGCCUCGCCUUCAUUUCUGCGAGCGCAAAUAAAAACACGGACAGAUUGAUCGAGCAGAGAAUGGUGCGUGGUGGGGUUAGGUAGAGGGCCUGGCAGGCACACAUUGCUCAGACACACGCCGGGCGCGCAACCCCGAAGUAGACCUGCACCCCCCCGGACCCCUUCAGAAAGCCACCGGUUGUGCCAUUGUUGAACACGCGCGCGAUCGCAGACGGAAUGCGCGCCUCACAAGGGUUGCGCGCGGUUUGGGAAGGGCGCAGGGAAAACGGAUUCCCUUUUCGAUCACCGCCAACGAUCACUCUAGAGACUCUCUCUCUCCCUCUUUCUCUUGCUCCACCCAGUUGAUGCUCCUUUUUUAUAUAUCCUACCCCUUGAUGCGGGGUUUGUUCGAGAUCAAAGUUCGAUUGGAAGUGACGGAGGGGUGGGAGAGUGGGAUCACUGGGGAGUAGGGAGUAGGGAAAACAGGGGGUUUGGGACGCGUGCAAUUUACGAAAGAGCACGAGUCUGGGAACUCGCGAACGCAAAACGUUCUCACGGCCUUUAAGAUGACUCGUUUGCUGUUCCCUUUUCACUCUCUCUCUCUCUCUCUCUGCCUUUCCCUCUAUCCUCUACUCUACUCCGUCACUCUCUUUCUUGCCUGUCGCUUCGCUCUUGGACAGCAGACGGACCACCACCACCCCUUUCGGACGUUCGGCAGUGAUCUGGAAGGGCAAGGGAAUGCACGGAAGAAAGGAUCGUGCCUCGUUGGGGCAGAAGGAAGGAAUUGAAUUUUGUUGUUGGUUGCUCCGUUGUUCUCUUUUGCGGCUGCUGCUGAUGAUAUUUCGCGGUGGCUUUUCGUGCCCGUUGGUCCGCACACACGCGCGCGCGAGGGUUCGUCGCGCACCUUUCGAGCGAAAUCUUUUUGCUGUCAUUAAGGAGGCUGCGAUUUCUUUUCUCUUCUUUGCUAGGGUGGGGGUAAGGGAGAGCAGAGAAUGAAUGUUGCGCGCGCGAGAGGGAUGCUUUAUUUGCAACAGUUUUUUUUUUGUCUUCUGCUGUGUGUUGUUGUCUGUUCCGUGUGUUAUUGUUGUUGUUCGAACCCAUUUUCCCUCACCACGCCGUGCUCUUUACGUCCUUUUUUUUUGUUGAUCGCCGAGGUUGCGGUUGCGGUUUUUGGGUUGCGGAUGCUGCUGCUGCUGCUGUUCGUUCGCAAUCCGCAACCGUUUCCUUUUGUCAGUUAGCUUGCGCGGAGGGGUUUUUCGUUGCUAUGACGGUGGGAUUUGUAUUGUAGCGACGGGUGACUAUGAACAAGACGGUAGUUUUGUUGUUGUUGUUGUCUGUGGAAAGGGAUACGCACGCACGGGGAUGCGCUGGUCCUGGUGGUUUUGCGCCGGUAAGCUGCUUCCACUUCCAGCGCGGCGUGCUGGGGCGUUGUGCAUUUUCAAUUUGCCUCGAGUGAUUGUUCGGCUCUUGUGGUGAGCUUCCAGUUUGCAAUCACGAUUCAUUUUAGUGGGAUGGAAUGGGGAAAGGGUUUCUUGGUGGAGAGCGGGGGUUGGUGGUGGGCUUUUACUUUUGGGCAGCCCGAUUACCAUCGAUCUGUCACUGCCGACAAGACGAUUGUACUUUCGGGAUAUUAAAAAUUUAUGUUUUCAAGAUAUUGCGUGUUUUACAUUACUGCAGUAUAGUUAUCAUAUCAGUCUAAAACUUCUGAUGGUUUUGAAUACAAACAUCAUUAGUUAAGCCAAAAUAGUACCGUUUGAUGCAUUCUAGAUUAAGUAUUUGGAAAUAGCCCCUUAACAAAUGUUUUAUAAUAAAUAUACACUUUUUUCAUUUUUUUAAGUAGCUUUUCAGAAUGUUUAUAUAAAAAAAGAGAACACAUCGAUAACCACCGACAUUCUUUGUAUGCGUAAUGCUUCUCUUCAGUCUGAUAUUAGCAGAGCGUAGUUUCGAUCUACGGACCUCUGGGUUAUGGGCCCAGCACGCUUCCACUGCGCCACUCUGCUCUGUGAUAGUUUGCGAUAAAAAUAAAUGGUUGGUCCAGUAUCCAGCUUUUGCAUAAUUUAUGCAAUCUAAGAAGGCGAAUUCUUGUCCUUUUUCAAAUGACAUUUUUCAAACGACAUCACCAAUUUCUAUUCUGCCUCUAUUCGUAGCAGGCUUGGCAAAGCUACACAUUCGCCGCAGCAAUCCGGUCGCAUCGUUUGUUCGGUUUUGUUCUGUAUACGAUGGAGACCACAAUUAAUCCUAUCCGAACGGUCGGGAAAAAGGUAAUUGUGGAGUACGGUGGUCGCAUAUAUUCCGCCCCAGAGCAAGAUCUACCGAAAGUGUCACGGAUGGAUUCGCCAUCGAACAGGUGGUUAACUAUGCGAAAGAUUCAACAGCACCAGCAGGAGCAUUCGGGUGGAUGCUAUGGAUCGAAGGAGGAAAUCAAACGACCAGUCUCGGACACUAUCAGCGAGCUGAGCGAUUCGGACGUUCAGGGAUGCACACCGAAGCUUCCGUCCAUUAAUCCGGCCGUAUCCUGUAGCGCUGCGAAGGUUCUGUCCGAGCUGAAAGAGGAAGUAACGCGGCUCAUUGACGAAUCGAUCGAGAAAAUCGAACAAAAUUGGACACACAGUUCAAAGUUGGACUCCGAAGCGGUGCGUGAAACUGUGCCAGAACCAGAGCUGAUGACAGAACCCGUUAAAGCUGCGGAAGAUUUGACCAAACAGCUACAUCCCGAUGGAGAUCGUGGUCUGUUGCCGCACCGAGAGCAAAAUUUACAAGUACUGCACACGGAACUGUUUGAGACGAGCAAGCAGCAGACGCGCAUGAAGCUGCUAAACGAAAUUCGUGAUCUCGUGGAGCGUUUGAAGGAUAUGGAAACGUUGGAAUAGUGUGAGGGGUGGGCAGAGCGACCGCUUGAACCUUUUGAAACAGUCGUUUUAUUCGUUAUUGAUGUUUUAUUGCUACAUUCUAAUCAAAUAGAAGUUCAGCAUUGACAGGAGCCACGGUGGAAAUGCUCCAUCAAUGGAAAUCGCCCUGAAGUGUUGCCUAAUUCUUCCACCCACCAAGGCGCAAGUUAAAUGUAAAAGAAAUGAAACAUCA